UUUCCAUUUACAAGUUAACAAUCUCAUUUUAUUUAAACGUUCCCCAAGAUUCGUGUCCGUGGUCGGUGUUAUGUGGCGUUCUGUUGUUGGUUAACAACAAUUUCGUAAAGAAUAUGAAAGACUCAAAGGCUCGAAAGCCCUACAACUCCUUCUUGAUAAAUGGAAUCCCUUUAACCAAAAUAAAGGUCUCUACUUUCCCAAUGCCAAGCAAAACCACAUAAUAUAUUCAAAUUUUUUGUAGACAAAUAUGAUUGUUUUAUAAUGCUAUGUUUACCUAUAAAUACACAAUCUCAUUUACUCCUCAAUCUCUCAAUAAACAUUCCCACCUGAUACAUAAACACACACUGUCUUUCAUUUUCAAAGCAAAAAUCCUCCCAAACAUGGCUAGGUACUACAACAACGAUAAUAAGGUAUCCUACUAUGAGUACAUCCGACAACUUUCUAUCCCAAUCCACUUUUUCUUCUUCCUUUGUGUUGUUUUCCUCUUCUUAUGCUUCACUUGGUACCUCAACUAUGAGCCCAAGGUUGAGAGCUUCCUGUACAACUUGAAGAUCUUCCUCAUGCUCACUCCUGUCGUGCUUUUGCUUCUUGUUCACUGGCUAUCUAGUGGUGAAAGGCCAUGGUUCCCGUCCAUGGUGCCGUUGCCUGAGAAAGAUUCAUUUCAUCGAGCCGGAGGGUCUCCAUGGGGUGUAGCCAUUGUGCUUGUUUUCCUUAUUUAUAUGGUUUCUCACCAGUCUUCUUUUCAUGAACGUUGGUUUCCGAUUAGCAGAAGAUGAGUCAUGAAUGUUCGUAUGUGCACAUAUUUUAAUUCAUUUAAGAGGUUACGAUAAUGUUUUGAUUUAUGCGUAUGAAUAUAGAAGAAUGGAACAUGAUCAUGUAUGAUGAUAAA